CAUGAGUUUUGACUGCGCACUCCAUGGCGGUGUCCUCCAUGGUGUCAUUGUAGGGAGGUUGAAUAUCAAUAAAAUAAGAACUAGCUCUUCAUAACCAUGACUGGUUAUACAGCAGAUGAAAAGCUCCGCGUAGAGCAGAUUUCAAACCUCAGGAGGAAAUGGCUGAAGGACCAAGAGCUCAGUCCCAGAGAGCCGGUGCUGCCAAAGACAGCACUCGGGCCUGUGGCGAAAUUCUGGGCUGGCUUUCUGGAACCGAAGACCCUGUGGAGGCUUUACGUGAGUUCAUCAUUUUGACAUUUUCUUGUAAUAUAUCUCAACAAACAACACUGUGUGAAUUGGUUUAGAAUGACUAACUAGCUAGCGUUUGUGAUAGCUACGUGCUAUGUUUUUGUUUGGAGACGUCGGGUGUUACUCUUUACUAGCUAGCCUACUAGCUAGCCUAGCCAGUUGCAUGGGUCGUCACUAGUUACCAUAGUUGCAUGUUUACACUCUCGUGACAGACAGGUUGUGAUGCCAGUCCGCAUCUGUGCCAGUGCCAACCUGAAUGUAACAUAGCUACUGGCAUGUUGCUAACUAGUACUGAGAAAACUGCAUCAACUGUUAUCAGCAAGAAAUCAACAAAACCAGAUACCACCUGUUAACAUUUUGUGACACACGUCCCUAUUGUGUUGCUUUCUUUCCAGACCUACAAAGUCUACACUGGUGGAGUGUUCACCUUGACCCGGUUGCUGAUCCCUGCCUGGGUUGUACAUUAUUACGUGAAGUAUCAUGUUGCUGUAAGUUCAAUCAAUUCAACACCAACAAUACUGUUGUCUUUUCAUUCAUGUAGUAACGUUGUUGUUAGGCAACACUGUUCCUGGAGUGUUGCAGGUACUUCAGGAUUUUGGCCCUACCAGACACCACCGGAUUCUUCCAACCACCUCACAGGCCUAAUUGGUUCAAUUCAACACACCUGGCCUCCCAGGUCUAAAUCAAACAUGAAAUGCCAGGCUGAGUCACUCCAGAACCAGCGUUGCUAAUGCCUACCCCUGACCUAGGCCUAGACGGACUGGUCUUGAUUUAAAAGGCUGAGACCUAAUGGUCAAGAGGACUGAUCAUGUGUUUGACCUUAUAGCUACACUUGGCUUUUCAAAGUUUAUUGUGCUCCGAUUUAUGAAAUGUUAUUAUACAGUAGUGGAUUGCAGGUUUGAGCCCUGUGUGUUGGUGUUCAUUCACUAUACCUGCUCUAUCGAAAGUUGUAUCAUGCAUGUGUCAUAGAGUCUUCAAUUCAAUCUAAAGCAUUGACCUGUACUGCUUGUGUGUUUGUCACAGAAAAGGCCCUAUGGCAUCGUGGAGCUGAAGCCCAGACUGUUCCCUGUAAGUACAUAUCAUGUGUUGUUAUAGGAACAUGAUUAAGCCUAGUCCUCGACAAAAAAGCACAUACAAUGAAGAAUCUCCAUUGUAAGUGCUUUUUAGUCCAGAACUGCGAUUAAUCUGUGUCUGUGAAACUGGCUCUUAGUGUUACACAGUGGAUUCACUGCCCACUGGGCAAAAACUGGUUGAAUCAACAUUGUUUCCAUGUCAUUUCAACAACAAAAAUUCAAAUGUUAUGAUGUUCAAUCAACAUGGAAAACUGAUUGGUUUUGCAAAAAGUCAUUAACGUAAGGGAAUUUCAUAUUUUUUUAACCUAAAUGACUGGGUGACAUUUUUGGUUGAUUUCACAUUGAAUUCACGUUAGCUGACAACUCAACCGACUGUAAAUCAAAACUAGAUGUUGAACUGACAUCAGUGCCCAGUGGGUGGGCUGUAUUGCUUAUAUAUUUAUUUACACAAAUGCAUGUGCCACAAUGGUGCAGUUUACAGUAAAGAAAACUGAAUUGCAGUGCGGCUUACAUAAAAUAAGCUGCACUGAAAUUGUGGCCUACUACGGUAACAUAAAAUAAUAUAUGCCAUUUAGCUGACGCUUUUAUCCAGGCGACUUAGUCAUGCGUGCAUUUUGCAUAUGCGCAGUCCUGGGAAUUGAACCCACUACCCUGGCGUUUCAAUAGUCACGCUCUACCAACUGAGCUACAAAGGACCACAAAAGCCCUGGAUGCCCAGACAGCUUUCCUAGACUUUGUAAUGAAAGAGUAAGGACAUCUAGCAUCUGACUCUUUUUCAUUAUCCCUGUCUUGUGUUCAGGGCGACACCAUCUUGGAGACGGGAGAGGUUGUUCCAGACCUCCCAGAGAGCCAUGGUCACCACUGAAGAAGACGCAGUUGAAAGAAUGACACAAUGUCUUUUUGUCCCUACCCUGUUGUAAAAACUUUAUGUAUAUGUCAUUAAAUAAUAUUUACAAUACAAAUACAUCUCUGACAUGUCUAUUUGGUCAAAAGAUUGGGGAAAAGAGUGCUGCAUUUAUUUGAGUAAUUCACAUCUGGUGUCCAAAACAAGAGCUUUGCAAACAAUUUGACACAAUUAACCAAUAGUGUAACCAAACUCACAAUCAUAGUUGAGGUUUGUAUAUUAUGGAUGGCUAUGGUUUAUUAGUAUACUACUGUCUAAUUUAUGUCCAGUUUAGGUUAAUUUCAAGCUAAUUCACCCUCUGUGUUAAAAGUUCCUGUCAAUAGGUGGCGCACGAGACCAUAAAAGUACUUCCUGCCAAAGCGGAAGGUAAACACCCUCCAGUAUACCAUAAUCCUUUGCGUAUGAAAUAUAUUUUUUAGCGUUACGUCACGGUAUGAAACAGGAGGCCAAAGAGUGUGGGAACAAACUAAUUAAUUUACUUCUGUUUAGUACAUAUGGAAAUAAUAAAAUAUGUAAACAUUAUGAGAGGUCUUGAGUGUUGUCGCCGACAGAAGGAUUCCUAGACAUUUGCCUCGGAUCCCCGGCUUUUUUUUCUGGUAAGCAAAGGGCCGAAAGAUGGCUAGCUAAAAGCUAGCUUGCUAAUUUACCAAAGAUGUCAUUCAUCACAAUUCAGAUUUACAAACAUGUCAUGAAUAACAGUAUAUAAUUACUUGUCAGGAUUAUCGGUCAGAGAUUGGGGCCAAAGUCAACCAUUAUGAGUGUCCACUGUCCAACCUUAGAUGAGUCAGAACGGCUAGCUGCUAAAAAAGUUAACUAUCGAGCUAGCUAACAUUAACCUUUCCAAGUAAAAGACAAGUUCAGGUAAUAUACAUGGGAAAUUAUUGGGCUUUAUUAUAAUUUCAUGACUGUGGUGGGGUAAUUGUAAAAUUCUGUGGAAAUUGAUUGACACUCAUUUUGCCAUCUGUGGUCAAUGUGGCUGAAUGGCAUUGACACAGUCAGCUGUGACCCCUGUACAUUCUUUAUAUUAUUAUUAUAGUUUUCUGAUGAUGUAACACAUUGGAUAAUGACAACAUGUUUAGAUGCUUAUCUUGCAAAAUUCUUCCCUGUUUGCAGGUUGAAUUAAUACCUUUGAAAUGAUGUGUAAGGUUGUGUAGAUGAAAUAGUUGUCUCUGCAUCUGCCAAUGGGCCUGACUAGUGACAGUAUAACAUCAAUAAAGUUUUGAACAAAGUCA